AUGAUGUCCGGUUUGCUGUGGUGCUGCAACGUUGUUCUGUGUGAACAUUCAGACAGCGGAUCAACUGCUAGAAGCGAAAUGUCGAUUUCAAACUCAAUUCUGACCGAUGACCAAGAGGAAGAGGCAGAGGCAAACGCGGCGGCCAUCAAAAAGGCAGCUAGCAGAAAACCAAGCCUGCAAAGACCCGGUGUGCAAACCCGUGAUUCGGAAUCAAAGAAGCAUAAAAUUGUUCGCCAUAGCAAGCCUGGAACCGUCGCAAGACCACCAGCGUUUAGACCAGUUCAUCCACCAGCCGCAAAACCCCGCAGGGAACAGACAUCUUCAAAGUCAGAACUUGAAAAUAGGAAUUCUGCUUAA